GGAAGUGCCGCCUUAUCACCAGUUAGCAUUUGCAGCUGGUGUAAUUCAACGGAAACAUCAUAAUGUUGAACGACAGCGAGCUUGCAACGUUGCGGAACAGAUUUAAAAAAGAUGCCGAGUUUCUUAUGCGAACAACGACACACGAUGACGGAGAUGAAAAGAGUCACGAAGAAAAGGAUGCCAAACCACUCCCACGCAUCAACAGACACACCAUUUUCUGGAUUGUUGCAUCUAUAGGUGUGACAUACUACGUUGAUUUCAUCCACAACAUAAUGGAAAACGACGACAUCAAAAGUUGGUGGUUCAAUGUGGGCCUGAUACUCCUUGGACUCUGUCUGUCUCUGGCCAUGUUUUGCAUUGUGUACCUGGAGUGGUUCAAAGGCAUCCAGCACUAUGACCAAGAGUACCCUGCCAUUCCUCCCAUCACCACUGCAGCUUUUAUUGCAGCGUCCUGCAGCUUUAACAUGGCACUGUGGCCCGUGUGGUCUUUCUUCACUCCACUCAUCCUCUUCACACAGUUCAUGGGAGUGGUAAUGUUCAUCUCUAUGCUUGGAUGACUUUGACAGACAUCAUGUGUGCAUGGCAGACCCACACCUGCACCAGACUGAUCGACCUACUGCUGAAAACACAACCAUCGCUGCAGCUUUUGUCUGGCAGCAGUCAAAAUUGUUGGACUGUUGGUGUUAAAUGACUUUAAACAUCACAGUUUAUAACUUUUCAUCGUUGUGUUUUCCUUAGGAAACAAAUGCACAAGUGUCAAGAAGUGUGACACACCGUGUCGAUGGAGUUUAACAAGUUAAUUUUUGAUAUAAGUCCCUUUUGCAGCAGAUGUUUAGUUCUGUAGCUGAACAAAAAUGACUCAAUUACAGGUGUUACUGAUACCAUAAACUUUGGCUUAGUCCUAUGAAUGCUCUUUAAUAGUCCUGGGCACUUUUGACAGCAAGCACACAGAAUAGGUUUAGCCUACAGUCCAAUCUAAAUGGAUUCAACUGCUUAUUAAAAAAAAAAAAAAGAAAAAAAAAAACGUAUUUACUUUUACUUCUGUGAAACUUUAAAUAUCCUCCACACCACGAGCCUAUACAUGAAACCAACAAAGACUGUAACUUAUUUUAUUUUUCUUAACAAGACAUUUUGUGAAAUAAAUGUACAUUUACCCAUAUUCUGUAAAAUGUUUUUCACUAAUAAAUGUUUUUAUCUUAA